ACGGGACAUGAGGGCUCUGUCAAUCAGGAACCAAUUCUAUCCUAUCCCCCGCCAGAUUGAUUGCAUCAAAGAGGCUAGUCCUGGUUUCUCAUUCCUAGGCGCUAUAGUCCCUGACAGGAACUGAAUCUAUGCGCCCACAGUUGAUCCCUGCAGCCAUCGGACCUGGUGCGCGUCUAGAGGUCUCGAGUUAGACCUGGUCCCCCUCUACCGCCGCUCUCUACACCACCAAAGCUCCCGAUUUAGAUCUUGCUCUCUAUCUACCCUCAUCUGGUCAACACUGAUUUGCUGUUUGACAUGGGGUCCCCACUCAGUCUUUGCAUAUCAAACUAGCUGUUGAAACAAUAUCCCUUGUCUUCAACCGCUCAGGUUGAAGCAAAAAUAGAAGCAUCUAAAUCAUGGUGGCUCUCUGCAGAUGAUCCAUAUAGGGCUCUGUCAUGCUGAAAGAUAUCACGAUGGGACAUCUUCAUAAAGACCUCCUCCAUGCCACACGGUCUCAGCCCUCCUCGGUGACAUCUUGGUUUCACGUUUGAGAACUGAGGUCGACUUGUUUCAACCUUGACCGGCCAUUGCUUGCUCGGACCGUUAUGCUUCGUAUGUCUUCAACACCAGCUUCCUCUCACUAGUCUACGGUCAUCUACCCUGCUCGACGUCAAUAGCAGCAACAAUGUCGGGCUCUGCAGCAUCUUCGUCGAUUCCAUCGACCAUGGUUGGGGGCAUGUACGCGCCAACUCAAACAGCCUCCGAAGGGCCUUCCGCUCGUGGGUCGUCAGGCAAUGGCAAAGGCAGAUCGAUCACGCGGUCACGUUCAGGAUGUUUCACCUGCCGUUUGAGGAGGAAGAAGUGUGAUGAAGAGCGACCAUCGUGCAAAGCAUGCUCCAAGCUGGGUCUCAAAUGCGACUACCGAGCGCCGCAGUGGUGGGCCACUGCCGAGCAGCGAGCAAAGCAGAAGGAUCGGAUCAAAGACCGGAUUCGACAGACCAAGGUCAUGGAGAAAGAGGGUUCCUUGAAAGAAUAUAUGGACCGGAUUCGAGCCCUCGCAGAGAGAACUCCUGUGACGGUGGAAUAUGACUUCAGUCGGCCGGUGUUUGUUGAGCAGGCUCAGCCUCAGCCUCAGCCUCAGAUACAACCCCAGCCGGAGAUAUUCGCAGCGCCUUUGCCUACGCCAAUCACUCCACACGACGCGAAUGCAAAUAUCAGACUCAACGUCAAUGUGGAUGCCAGCAAUGUGGCUCCGACGGCACCUUUGUAUCCAGAGUCAUCUUCGUCGGCUUAUACUUCGUUAAACGCACCAGAGGCGCAGACAGUAGCCGUAGCAGCUCCCGAAUUGGCCGACGACGACUGGUUCGGCGACAAUCCCAACUAUGACACAGUGGCCCAACCAGUACCCCCUGUCAAUGCCCCAACUGUGCCUCCGAAUCGAGCACUAUCAUCCUGUCUUCGGUAUCUCAUCUCCGUGGAUGACUGUGACCGGCGACUGUUCGACCACUUCGUCGACAACGUCAUCCCGCUCGUCUUCCCCAUUCUCGAAACCCAUCCGAGGGCGUCCUCCAGCAUCAGCGAAGUGUUCCACUCAAUGCAGAGCAACCGUUCCUAUCUCCAGUGCUGUCUAAGCGUUUCCGCAGUCCACCUAAAGACGAGCCUCGGCUUGGAAGACGAGAUGGACUACGAUAUCAUGAAACACCGAUACGAAGCCGUUUCGCGACUCUCUCGCACGAUCAACCACAGCAGCGGCCAAAUGCAAGUGAUGGACGCCACCCUCGCCAUGAUCUUCUACAACUGCUCGAUGAGCAGCUCAGACGACUAUCUCCCGGACAUCUCAUGGAGCGAACACUUCAAAGCAGUGUCGAACCUAGUCACGACACUCAACUGCACGCCAACUCAAUUCAACGUCUCUCUCAUCACCUGGAUCGACAUCUUGGGCGCCACCAUCCUAGGCAAAACGCCGAAAUUCUCCCACACCUACCGCACCAAGCACCUCAGCGGCACCUCCUCCGGCCUGCAGCAGAUGAUGGGCUGCGACGACCGCGUGAUGUAUCUCAUUUCUGAGAUUGCAUGUCUAGAAUCUCUAAAGCUAGAAGGCCGCGUCGACGACAUGACCAUCUACAGCCACGUCUCGGCACUAAAUGCCCAAAUCGAGUGGACCGAGCCAGCCGAUCCAACCAUCGAAGUCCUAUAUUCAUCCUCGGGAGUCGUUCGACCCGACCAGCUAACCAAGGUCAUCAGCACACUCUUCCGCCUCGCCGCCAGGAUCUACCUCCUCAGUCUCAUCUCCGGGUUCGACUACUACGACCCGUCCAUCAUCAACCUCGUCGCCUCCGUCACCAACAUCCUGCAAUGCAUGCCCGCAGGUCCGCAGGGCUUCGACCGCAGUCUCGUCUGGCCGCUUUUCAUUACAGGUGCCUACUCGGUACCUUCUAGCGCCUUUCGUAAGGUCCUGGGCGAGAGAGUCGUGGCAUUGGGAUACCUCGGGGACUUUGGCAGCUUUGGACGCAUGUACCGCGUGCUGAAAGAACUGUGGAAGCUCACCGACAAUCCGACUCCUCGUCCCAGUGGCGCGCAAUCACAAAUUGAAAGCACCACCUUCGCCGUUGGGGCCAACAACCAGCUGCAGCAGCCUGCCCACGAGCGCAUCCACUGGCGGGAGGUAAUGAGGCGGAACAAGUGGGAUUACCUGCUUAUUUAGGAAUGACACAAUGACCAUCUCCUUUGCGGUGUUUCGACGACGCCAUCGCAGCGGCACCUCUGGUUUGACUCGCCAGUGCCGAGCUGCACAUUGCUUUUUCGACUAUAUCAUCGUAUUUGGGUUCGCAUUCUGCUUCAAACGGUGUAACGGACGUGUGGUUCCCUGCUUUAUCGAGCUUCAGUUCUUUCUUCCUUUCCAUUUUCAUCAUACCUUACCAUGAUAUGGUGCAUCAUAUAUCCACUCCUUGGGAAUUCCCACUUUAUACCCAGUGCUACAAGCACAAUUUCACUCCCUCAUUCGACACUUCUUGCCUUUUUCCAUUCUUACUCUCCCUCCUAAUCUUUAUUCUGCCCGCGACAAUACCCUUCUCAUUCGCUCGUUUUGGCGUCUCUGCCUCGAUUGAUUGAUUUAUUGAUUGAUUUUGUUGUUUAUAUGACCGUUCAUGACGCCAUGUUUAGUUUGGGUCCGCGUUGUCUUGCUUUGACUUUUUUGUUCUGGUUGCAUGUUAGUCUUCAAUGAUAUUUAUUAUUCUAUGUC